CCGAGAAAUAUGUCAUAAUAUAACUAGAUUUGUACGCCAGAUGAUGUAAAAUAAACACUUUUUAUAAUUAAAGAAAGAGUUCCAAUUAGCUUGAAGGAAUGUUUUAAAGGAGGGACAAAUAAUAAAUAUUAAUUUUAUUUUUAUACAUUUAUUUUGAUGCUUCGUUAAAAAUAUUUAUUUUAAUAAUAAAGUAUGAAUGUAACGUGUGAGUAGAUCGGUCUUUUACCUUUUUUAAGCUUAUGAAACACCAAUUUUGUAUUACGCGUUCAGUCGCCGGACCUUUAUUUUGAAACAACCAAAACCGGAAGUUUAUCGUAGGGCUGUAAAUAUGUUCAUACCGUGUACAGUGAAGGUCCAAGCCUGGACCUCAAACCACUAAGCAGCUUUUAGGUAGCAACCCAUACCCAGCCAUGGAAGACGACAUACAAGAGGAAGUGCGGUCACAGUUCAAAGACAGGGGACUGGGCGGCUGGCAGAUCUUGCAGCUGACGGCAGGCUCAGGUCUGGCGCUCUAUGCUGUCUGGGCAGGAGUUCUCAUGCCGGGGUUUCGCCGAGUACCACUCAAACUACAGGUGCCUUAUAUGCCAGCGAGCAGAGCUCAAGUGUGUAACGUUAUGACUCUGCUGAAGGGCAGAUCUGGAGGCAUCGCUGACCUGGGAUCAGGUGACGGCAGGAUUGUGUUAGAAGCUUGUCAUCAGGGUUUCUCUCCAGCAGUUGGUUAUGAGCUCAAUCCUUGGCUUCUUCGUCUUUCACGCUUUUAUGCGUGGAGAGCUGGACACCACAGAAGUGUUUCAUAUCAGCGAGAGGACCUGUGGAAGGUUGAUCUCUCAACAUAUAAAAAUAUCACAGUAUUUCUGGCCCCUAGUGUGUUAAGUCUUUUACAAAAGAAGCUGCUGGCUGAGCUCCCUAAAGACGCUUUGAUUGUGGCGGGACGUUUUCCGUUUCCUGAUUGGACAGCGUGCAAAGUCGAGGGUGAAGGUGCAGACAGAGCGUGGGCCUAUCACAUUCAAGAACUGAGACAACACUACCAGUCACAAGAUACAAGUGUCUACUGAUGAGAAACAUAUUUUUUUCUUAAAAAUCUUUAUUUUAGCUUGCUUUUUAUAUUCAUUUUAUCAUGUUUUGCAGACUUGUUUGAUGCACACAGAAUGUAUGAAUUAUAUAAUUUUUAUUGUGCUCUCACUCUUAAGCGAAACAACUCGUAAGAUGUCGAAAACAAAGUCAGUGCCUGUGGGUGUUCCUCAAAGGGUUCAAACCCGUGGAUCACUUCCUGUUUCUUAAAGUGACCUAGAUAAUGUCAUGUCUUUCAAGUGUUUUUCUUUUACAGAAAAAAAAGGAAAUAAACCUAAUUUAUUGUGAGUCAUCUUUAGUUAAUGUAUUGUUUGAGAAGUGUAUGUUUCUGAAUGUUUACUACUCAGUCUGCAGUCUUACUCAACAUGUACUUGGGUUGCAUAAUGUGAAGUCGCUGAGCAAACCACAUUAAAUGAGCAAGAGAAUA